AUGUAUCAAAAUGUUCAAUUCGACAAUUUACCGAAACAUGCGAUUCAACAAUCUAUUGAAAUGUUCGAUUCAACAAUUUAUCAAAAUGUUCAAUUCAACAAUUUAUCGAAAUGUUCAAUUCAACAAUUUAUUGAAAUAUGCGAUUCAACAACUGAUCGAAAUGUAAAUAUAAAUCUAAAAUAUCAAUUAUUAUUUGUUUUCUGUUUAGGUUCGAUUCAACAAUUUAUUAAAAUGUUCAAUUCGACAAUUUAUCGAAACGUGAGAUUCAACAAUCUAUUGAAAUGUUUGAUUCAACAAUUUAUUAAAAUUCCGACUCAACAACUGAUCGAAAUGUUCGAUUGA